GUACUGUGUGCACCUACAGUAACUAUUGUAUGUAAUUAUCAAAGACAGAAAAGAGCCUAUACUGGCUCAAGCCAGAGAUCUGUUUUUACCAAUAUCCCCAGCUGUCUUCUGACAUUUCCUUGACAGCUGUGUGUUUAUCUCAUAAGAAAUGUAUCUUUUGUUUUGAAUCUGUCUCUUACUAGUUUGAUUUAGUGUAAUGUUCCCAUCUGUAUACAAAGAGACAUUGGUAGUUGUCCAUCCUUUUCUUGCCAUUUAUGCUUUUGUAGACCUCUGUCAGGCAUCCCUCCCCAUCUCAUAUUCUUUGUUCAAGGCUCAAAAAUCCUACCCUACUCAGUUGUUCUGCAUAUGUAAAUUAUAUCUUUGGUCUUCUAAAAUCUUCCCACUCUAUUGUAUGCUUGUGAAAUGCUGUUCAAGAUAUAAGAGAAUCAUAGAUUUACCACGUGUCAUCAUUAUGUUUUCCGUGUCCUUUAUUCCUUUCUAACUGUUUUUGUCAGUUAAUGUACUUUUGGGUGGUUUUUUAAUUCGGUUUUUAUACACCGCUGCUGAUCGUUGUGAUGGCAUUUUCAUGGAAUUGGCUAUUUUGAUCCUGAGAUACUGUAUCUAAGCUCCAAUGGUCAACUAAAGCCUGCCAUUUUAGAUCUGAAAUUAAGAUUGCUUUUCCUUUUCUUCUGGCUUUACGUGAAGUUGUGUUGACUGUAUUUCACUUUUUUAUUACCUAGUCACUCAUUUUCUUAAGAUCUUUCUGGAAUUCUCAUAGUCCUCAUCCUGAAUAGCUCAAUAUCAUUGGGAUAUUUUCAUUUUCCAUCCUCUAGUCAGAUAUUUUGUAAGUAUGUAAAUUAAUAUGUAAAUUUGGCAGCUAUUUUGUAAAUAUGUUGAACAGGAGAAGCUCCAGCAUGGAUAGAAAUAUCUCUUACUCUUUCUGCCUUACACAAGAAUCUACCCUCUUAUGGCUUUCAUUCAAGGGUUUUUGGAAGGACCUCAAACACAUUUAAAACUCCAUUAGUAGUAGGUUAGAUCACAUUUAUGCAUGGAAAUUGUUGCUUUCUAUCAUGUAGAACACAUGCUAAGAAGGUUCUAAGCUGCAUGCAUACUUGAAGCAUAUGAUGAAUACCAUUAAAGUCAGAGAUGAGUGCUCUUGUUGAGAUUGAACACUCAGACGUUUGAGGACAUUUGUAAAGGCAGUAUGACGUGAGUGUUGUUGCCUGUGAACAUUGGUAGCCUGCCUCAAUAGUAAGUGAUUCUUAUGUAGAGGGAUGAGAGAUUAUGACCAGACACCUUUUUCUGAUAGUCUUAACAUAUUCACAAAGCCUUUCAGUCACCAGAUCUUCAGAAGUACAGGAAAGCUCUACAGUGUCCACUGGCUGCACUCUCUAAGUACUGGGAAGCCCAGAGCUUUUUUCCCCCACAACCAGCAGUGCUGUUCAAGGGGCUGCCAUGAGAGCCUGGUCUAAUCUCUCUUCUCUCAUGCUGACACCCAUAGCACAGGAAUAUCCAGAGCUGUCAUACAGGAUAAAUGCUUGUUGAAGCUGGCACUGCUGCCAGAAGAAAUGCAUGUCAGCUGUGGCAUCAAAAAAAAUUCAUGAAGUAAUGAAGAAGCCCAACAUAAGCCCUAAAGUGCGGAACAUCCUGGAGCAAAUGCGUGCCUUUGAUAACAUUCCAAGAAAAAAAGUAAAGUUUCAGAAUUGGAUCAAGAACAGUUUGAGAAUUAAGGACAGCAAUUUGCAAGAUCAGGUGUGGGAUGUUUUCUCAGAAGCAACCAGAAAUAUUUCAAAUGAAAAAGAACAAGACAAACCACAACAGAAGAAAGAACAGCAGUCUGCAGAAACUGGGGAAAAUACAAACGCAGAAGAAAAUGGAAUUACAGAUGCAAAAACUGAGAGAAAAAAGAGUAAGAGGGAACAAAAAGAAGAGAGGCAAAAGAACAAAAAGAAGGAGAAAAAAGAUCUGAAAUUGGAAAACCAGGAAGAAGUAAAAAAGACUAAAAAGUCCAAAAAAGGAAAAGAGAGUGUAGAGGAUGAAUUUGAAAUAAAUGGAAAUGGCAAUCACUGUGAAAGAGAAGGGGAAAGAAACAUAAAGAAACGCAAACAUAAACAUAUAGAAGUUCCAUCUCUAGAGGAGCCUCAUACUAAAACAAAGAGAAUGAAAACUGAAAGCAUUUCGGAAGACAUGGAAACAGAAAACAUCAAUGACAGUGAAGAAAAUGUGGGAACAGAGAAAGGUAAAUUCAACUGGAAGGGAACCAUCAAAGCAGUUUUGAAACAGGCUCCAGACAAUGAAAUUUCAAUUAAGAAACUAAGAAAAAAGGUGAUAGCUCAAUAUUAUGCAGUAGCUGGUGAACAUCACAAAACAGAAGAGGAGAUCCUAGUCAUAUUCAAUAAGAAAGUGAAUAACAAUCCCAAAUUUAGAGUUCUAAAGGACAAAGUGAAACUUGUGAAAUAAACAGCUUGCAUACUUUUCAUAGCUGUUGCAUUUUAAUCUUGCAGACAGUCAAACUCUUCUGUCAGCUGUACAACUACUGUGCAUUGGUAUCAAUUUAACUUGUGUAUAUGAAAGGAGAAUUUAACUUUUAAUACUGGAUCCCUCCCCCUUUUCUAGAUUUACCACAGAACAUUUUCAGAUAUUUUAUUUUUUGAUUUUAUGGAAAAUGUAUAUUUUUUGGUACAAUUUUUAAGAGGCGUUGAAAAUAAUUGCUGGCCUGCUGUUUUAAAAUUCUUCCAGUAAUGUAUAUAAUUUAUAAGCAUGAAUGUUUUUCAGGACCUGGGUUGUGUGGCUUUUUGCAGGAACUAUUUUUCAGAGCAAAUAGGAUUUUCAUAUUCAAAAACCCACUGAGGAAUAAAUGUUUUGUUAUGCUAAAAUUCAAAAUGCUAUGGCUGAUACCCACUUCACACACUGUGGGUAGUACAUGCAGCCUUUAAUAAACUGUUGAUUCUGUGUUGAAAAAAUGCAUAAAUAAAAUGGCAGAUUUGUGUAUGCAAUAUGUCACAUUCAGUGAAAAUCUAAAGACUGAGUUACCUGCAUAUGCAUUGUUACUGAAAGUCUUGGUUAGUAAUGCAACUGACUUCAACAGAAGUGGUUACAUGGAGUAAAAAUUGACUGAUGAAAUAUAUCACUUUAAAAUACAAGCUUAAAUCUAAUUAAUCUUGUCACUUUAUAAUUGCAUAAUAAAUCCACAAAUUAUACAUCA